AUGAAAGAUAUUACUGCUGGCGACACAUACUCAACAUUAAAUUUCAAAGAAGACACAUUGGACUACAAAAUCAGCCAGCUAAAAGCAACUGACCCAGUCCCAGACUGCCAAACAGUAUACUUUAACGACGAAGUUAAGUGCGUUUUAAUAUCUUCUGACGAAAGAUUCCUCUUUGCAGGAUUGUCAAACGGCGAUAUAUCAAUGUUUUAUAUGUACUCUAUCGAUGAGUUAGAAGACAUUGAUGAAGAAAAAUGCGAAGCAAUCAGGAUAAACUUCUCAGGGCAUACGGAUGAGCUUAAAUGCUUGUGCAUCACUUCAGACUCGAAAUUAUUAAUAUCAGGGAGUUAUGAUAAAACAAUAAAAAUUUGGGAUAUAGAGACCCAGGCUGAGGUGGCUUCGCUUGAGGGGCAUGAGGAUAAAAUUUUAGCAUUGGCUCUUUCUGCUGAUGAUAAAUUUAUAAUAUCUUCAAGUAUAGAUCAUAUGGUUAGGAUUUGGAAUUUUCAGACAAAAACUCAAGAAAAGCUCAUAGAGGACAUUGAAGCGAAUAUUUAUUCUAUAGCAAUUUCUUAUGAUUCUAGAAUAGCUGUUUUUGGAUGCAGUGAUCAGAAAUUGAGAGUUUGGAAUAUUAAAGAAAAUAAGAAAGGAGGAGUCUUAAGUGGUCACCAAUGGCCUGUCUAUUCAGUGGCAAUUUCUCAUGAUAAUAAAUGGGCUGUGUCCUGUGGAAUGGAUCAUACAGUGAGGAAAUGAAAUUUAUUAGAAAUGAAAGAAGAAAGGAUUUUAGCGGACUGGCCAGAUACAAUUUAUUCAGUUUAUAUUUCUCAAGACGAUGACUAUGUAGUAUACGGGAGAUAUGACGGCUUUAUUGGAAUAAUUCAUAUGGGAUCUAACCAAGAAAUUGAAAUCCCAGGCCACGAUUCUUGUGUAUACUCAGUAUAUAUAAGCAGCUCAUCUAAAUAUAUUAUUUCUGGAGGCCGUGACAAAGCGUUAAGAUUAUGAAAAUUCUCUGAGUGGCCAAAAGAGCAUAUUCUUUCAGGCCAUGAAGGAAGAAUUUAUGAUAUAGCAAUAUCGCAAAACAGCAAAAUUAUGGCCACAGCAGGUGACGACUACAAAAUCCUGCUAUGAAAUCUCGCAACUAAUGAACUUGAAGGAAAGCUCGAAGGCCACGAUGGCCCAGUUCAUUCUGUGUUGCUCACUUUAGACGGAACGAGAGCUAUUUCUGGAAGCCAAGACCAAACAAUCAGAGUGUGAGACCUUUUAUCUCAGUCUGAAGAAUUCGUACUGAAAGGCCACGACGAGUGUAUAUUAUCUAUGUGCAUCACAUCUGACGACAGAUAUGUUAUAUCUGGCUCCAUUGAUAAAACGGUUAGGGUUUGGGAUCUUGAUGAAAAAUCUUUACUGCAAACUUUAAAAGGUCAUGAGCAUAAAGUAAACGCAGUCUGCAUUGCAGCGACUGAUGACACCAGAGUAUUUUCAGCUAGCAAAGACAAAACUAUCAGGUGCUGAAGCUUGGUCGACUUCCAGCCUCUUUGUAUAUUAGAAGGACAUGAAGAUGAAAUUUCUUCAAUCUGUACCACAUCUGAUGGAAAAUUUUUAAUAUCAGCUGGCCAAGACGCUACUAUAAGGGUUUGGAAUCUUGACUAUAACUAUCAGGAAACUGUGCUGAAUAAUAAGGAAAAAGGAAUUUACAAGCUUUGCUUAAGCUCAGACGAUAAAUAUUUGUUUGCGCAGACUGAUAAGAGGUUUAUUAAAAUGUGAUCAUUUUCAGACAGACAAGCGUUAUCUACACUUUAUAAUUAUAAAGACAUUUUGUCUGUAGCAUUAUCUCCUGAUAACCAAUAUAUCGCAAUCAGUACAGAUAAAUAUGUAAGGACCUUUAAAAGCCCGAUAUCUAGAGACAUGGUUGUGGUCCCUUAUAAUUAUAGCUACUUUUUUAAAUGCUUGAUAUAUAAGCUGCUUAAUAAUUUUGAGGUGAAAUUCACUGAUUAUUUCAAUCAUCAUAUCAUAUGUCCUUGGAAUAUCUCAAUUUUGCAUAUUUUAAGCUAUAUGAAUUUAACCAAAUUCCUCCAAGACUCUAUAAGAACAGGUGGGCUUUUUAUCAGCUGCAUUACAGGUGAAACUCCACUGAAAAUUGCAUUGAACCGAAAAAGCAAGCUAUGUGCAGAAAUCAUUAUACAGCUAUUUCCUUUGAUUUAUAGCAGCAAUCCUAGUGCUUUUAACUACCUAAGAAACGAUUUGCCACUUCUCAAUAAAAGCAGCUUGCCAUCACUAAAUCUUGUAUAUGAUAUGGCAUUUCCAGCCAUAGAAGACCAUAGUGUGCCUACCUUUGGGAACCUCUUAAGUAACCCUCCUAUCAUUAUUUCAGCUCACUUACCACUAAUUGACCCUUCUCAGUUUAUAGCUCAGCAAGAAAAUGCUAAUGAGCUAUCAGCAGACACAGAGCUUGUGUUUCGUCGUAGUCUUUUUGCACUAGACUUAGAGCCAGGAUCAAUACAUUCCAUAAAGUUUAUUCGUUCCCUACUAAAAUGCAAUCAAAUUGAAAUUUUUAGAACAGAAUUUAUUAAAGCUGUAUUAAAAUAUAAAUGAAGGCAAAUUAUGUGGGUUAUGUGGCUGCAAGCUUUUAUAUAUUUCAGCCUUGUCUUGGUUUUAUUUUUGCAUACAGUUGUAGACAGAGACAAUAAUGGCCCAUUAGUCAUUAUAGCUCAUAUCCCUUUAUAGAUUUCUUUAUCGAGCAAAAUGUACUGCAUUAUUGAACGAGCAAAAACAGAGUCUCUCAAAGAGAUGAACUCAAUCUCUAUAUCAGGAAGUAUUAGAAAGUGCCAUGUCAAAUAAUGGUGGCAAGUGUAAAAAAAGUUGACAAGUAAACGCGCCGAUUUUAAAAAUGGUUUAUUAUUAAAUUUAAAAUUUAAGAUACACAAUUUAGACUAGGAUUUAUUAAUAAUUAAAAAGCUUAUUUUGAAGGUCUUAUGAAUUAAUCAUAUUUUCUUAUGAUAAUAGAUAGAUAUAAAUAAUAAAACACUAUAUAUAAAUUAUAAUUGAUUUAAUAUUUUUGAUUAUUAUUUAUGUAUUUAAAUUUAAAAGUGUGAAUCGAGUUGUGCCAAGGCGAAUGGAUAGAAUUUCCUAUAAAUGUAUCAGGAUGAUAUAAAUCAAUGAUGCUAUAAAAGCCAAAGUUCUCAUUGAAGGCUGAUGGUUCUUUAUAGAGUUGCUAGCGACUCAUGUUAUUAUUCCUUUAAACUAUUAAAAUCAAAAAAUUGUGAAUCGAGUUGUGCCAAGGCGAAUGAAUAGAAUUACCUACAAAUGUACCAGUAUAAUAAUGAUCAAUGCUGCUCUAAAAUCCAAAGUUCCCAUUGAAGGCUAAUGGCUCAUUCCAAAGUUGUUAUGACUCAUGUCAUGUACUUUAGACUAUCGAAAAUCAAAAAAUUGUGAAUCGAGUUGUGCCAAGGCGAAUGGAUAGAAUUUCCUAUAAAUGUGCCAAUAUGAUAAUGAUUAAUGCUGUCAUAAAAUCCAAAGUUCCCAUUGAAGGCUGAUGGUUCUUUAUAAAGUUGCUAACGACUCAUGCCAUUCCUUUUAAACUAUUAAAAAUCAAAAAAUUGUGAAUAGAGUUGUGUCAAGGCGAAUGGAUAGAAUUUCUUACAAAUGUACCAGUAUGAUAUAGAUCAAUGUUGCUAUAAAAGCCAAAGUUCCCACUAAAGGCUGAUGAUUAUUUGCAAGGUUGAAAAUAACUUAUGUCAUCACUUUAUGCUAUUGAAAACCAAAAAUUUGUGAAUCGAGUUGUGCCAAGGCGAAUGGAUAGAAUUUCCUAUAAAUGUACCAGUAUAAUAAUGAUCAAUGAUGUUAUAAAAGCCAAAGUUCCCAUUGAAGGCUGAUGAUUACUUGCAAAGUUGUAAAUGACUCAUGCCAUGUAUUUUUUAAUUUUUCAAAAAAAUAUUUAAAUUUAAUUUUUUCUUAAAAAUAUAAAAAUUUUAUUUUAUAUCUUUAAUUAAUAAAUGGGGCUUUAUUAUAGUUUCAUUUUUUUAAAAAUUGGCGCGUUUACUUGUCAACUUUUUUUACACUUGCCACCAUUUUUUGACAUGGCACUUUCUAGCACUUCCUGAGCUCAUCUCUUUGAGAGACUCUGUUUUGCUCGUUCAAUAAUGCAGUACAUUUUGCUCGAUAAAGAAAUCUAUAAAGGGGUAUGAGCUAUAUUUUUGUGAUAAACACCUUUUUCUUAUGCUAUGAGCUUGUACAGUCUCGAGCUAGUAUUGGCUCUUAUAUAACUGAUUUCUGGAACACUAUUGAUUUAUCAAGAAUCAUAAUGAGCUAUAUUUACCCCAUUUCUUGUUGGUCAGAUGCAGAUCGUAUCACGAAAGAUGUGAUGCUUGCAAUUUUAACGAUUUUAGUAUGAAUUCGAUUGGUAGGCUAUAUAAGGAUGUUUGAUAGAUCUCGAUAUUUAAUCAAACUUAUAAUAGAGGUCAUCAAAGACAUGGGGCCAUUUUUUGUGAUUUUUGUAGUUUCGACCUUUGGGAUGACGGUAGCAUUUUAUUGCGAUAGAAGUGACGAUACUUCUUUCUAUUUUCAAUGACUAAACACUUAUACGCUGGCCUAUGGCGCUUUUGAUUAUAGUGGCUACUCAAACUUGCAAAUCUGCAUAUUUAUUGCUGCAAGUCUUAUGAAUACUUUAAUUUUGCUAAAUCUGAUUAUCGCUAUCAUGGGGCACACUUUAGAAAAAGUCACUGAUAUGUAUGAUAUAGCAGAUCUUCAAGAAAUGGCUGAUAUCAUAAUGGAAAUUGACAGUGUCUCUUUUUGGGGACGCAAAAAAGGCCAGCUGAAAUAUCUUCAACAGUGCUCAGCUGCAUCAUCAGGUGAAAAAGAUGAUGACGGAGAAAAUGAUGUCAUUGAUUUAAUAGGAAAUUUGAACAAUAAGUCAAUUGAAAUGGAUAAAAAUUUAGAAUCCAUUGUUAAUAGAAUAGAACAUAUGAAUACAAGAAAUGAUGAAGAAAAAAACAUUGAUGAUUAUAUCAAUGAUAUUAAAAGUGAGUUUAGUAGCUUAAGAAAAGAAAUGAAAAGCCAAGUUAGCGUUUUAAAAGAAGAGCUGGAGCUUAUAAGACAAGAAGUAGGAAACAGCAACUCUUCAGUAGUUAGUUAA